CAGGCUGCUCUUACCUGGAGUUUCACUGCCAUGGACUUAACCGAGGAUAGCGCUGUGGAAAUUAUCCUGUGCUGACCCACUUCUUCACGCGUUUCCGUCUCUCUGCGUGUGUCUUUUGACGCCUUCUUUCAUUCCUUGCCAGGUGCCGUAAACCCUGAGAGGCCAUGUCGGACAAAAUGUCCAGUUUCCUCCAUAUUGGGGACAUUUGUUCCCUUUAUGCAGAGGGCUCCACCAGUGGAUUUAUCAGCACUUUAGGGCUUGUGGACGAUCGCUGCGUGGUACAACCAGACACGGGUGACCUCAACAACCCACCCAAGAAAUUCAGAGACUGCCUUUUCAAACUGUGUCCUAUGAACAGAUACUCAGCACAGAAACAGUUCUGGAAGGCGGCAAAACCUGGAGGCAACAGCACCACGGACACAGUUCUUCUCAAUAAACUUCAUCAUGCUGCUGACCUUGAGAAGAAGCAGAAUGAGUCUGAAAACCGGAAGCUGCUGGGAACAGUCAUCCAGUAUGGAAAUGUCAUUCAGUUGCUGCACUUGAAAAGCAAUAAAUACCUGACAGUGAACAAGCGCCUACCUGCACUGCUGGAGAAGAAUGCCAUGAGAGUAACUCUGGACUCGGCAGGAAACGAGGGAUCCUGGUUCUACAUCCAGCCGUUCUACAAGCUGAGAUCCCUGGGAGACAGUGUGGUGAUUGGAGAUAAAGUCGUCCUUAACCCUGUGAAUGCAGGACAGCCUCUACAUGCCAGCAGCCACCAGCUAGUUGACAACCCGGGGUGUAACGAGGUUAAUUCUGUGAAUUGCAACACAAGUUGGAAAGUUGUUUUGUUCAUGAAAUGGAGUGACAACAAGGAAACAAUCCUCAAAGGGGGUGAUGUGUGUCGGUUGUUCCAUGCAGAGCAAGAGAAGUUUCUAACUUGUGACGACCACAGGAAGAAGCAACAUGUUUUUCUUAGAACGACCGGCCGGCAGUCUGCAACUUCUGCCACCAGCAGCAAAGCACUGUGGGAAGUGGAGGUGGUCCACCAUGAUCCAUGCAGGGGAGGCGCAGGCUACUGGAACAGCCUGUUCAGGUUCAAGCAUUUGGCCACAGGGUGUUAUUUGGCUGCCGAGAUGGGUGAGGUGAAUCAAGACUUUGAGGAGGAGAGUGCUGAACAGCGGUCCUCGCUGGAUGCAGAUAAUGAAGCUUUACGAGGCCGACUGCGGGCUCCACAGGAGAAAAUCAUGUACACUCUGGUGCCUGUUCCCGAUGGUAUGGAUAUCUCCUCUAUCUUCGAGCUGGACCCUACUACUCUGAGAGGCGGGGACUCCAUGGUGCCCAGGAGCUCCUAUGUGAGGCUAAGACACUUGUGCACCAACACAUGGGUUCAUAGCACCAACAACCCCAUCGACAAAGAGGAGGAGAAACCUGUGAUGUUACGGAUUGGAACAUCGGGAGUAAAAGAAGACAAGGAAGCUUUUGCCAUUGUCCCUGUGCCUCCUGCAGAAGUGCGUGAUUUAGACUUUGCUAAUGAUGCAAGUAAAGUGUUGGCAUCCAUUGCUGGCAAGCUGGAAAAAGGAACUAUUACACAAAAUGAAAGGAGGUUUGUGACCAAGCUCUUGGAAGAUCUAGUUUUCUUUGUGGUAGACAUUCCCAACAGUGGGCAGGAUGUUUUGGAGAUCAUGGUUAACAAACCCAACAGAGAAAGACAGAAACUCAUGAGAGAGCAGAAUAUCCUUAAACAGAUCUUCAAACUUCUCCAAGCCCCUUUCACAGACAGCGGUGAUGGUCCCAUGCUGCGACUGGAGGAGCUCGGAGACCAGCGCCACGCACCGUUUAGACACAUUUGUAGGCUUUGCUACAGAGUGCUCCGCCACUCUCAGCAGGAUUACAGGAAGAACCAAGAAUACAUAGCCAAGCAGUUUCGCUUUAUGCAGAAGCAGAUAGGAUAUGACGUGUUGGCAGAGGACACAAUAACAGCUCUGCUCCACAACAACCGGAAACUGCUGGAGAAACACAUCACUGCUGCUGAGAUAGACACAUUUGUCACCCUAGUGAGGAAGAACCGGGAGCCGAGGUUUCUGGACUACCUGUCGGAUCUAUGUGUGUCCAUGAACAAAUCCAUCCCUGUGACGCAAGAGCUCAUCUGCAACGCAGUGCUGGACUCGAGCAACGCUGACAUCCUCAUUGAAACCAAGUUGGUCCUGUCAAGGUUUGAGGUUGAGGUGCCAGCAAAUGGGGAGAAUCCAGUGGAGGCAGAAGAUGAAGAGGAGGUUUGGUUGUUCUGGAAAGACAACUGUAAAGAAAUCCGGAGUAAGAGCGUCCGGGAGUUGGCUCAGGAUGCAAAGGAGGGCCAGAAGGACGACCAGGAGGUGGUCAGCUACUACAGGUGCCAGCUGAAUCUCUUUGCCCGGAUGUGUCUGGACCGUCAGUACCUGGCCAUCAACAAGAUUUCUGGUCAGCUGGAUGUGGAUUUGAUCCUCCGCUGCAUGUCUGAUGAGGAUUUGCCUUUUGACCUGCGAGCGUCUUUCUGCCGUCUGAUGCUGCACAUGCAUGUGGACCGUGACCCUCAGGAGCAGGUCACGCCUGUCAAAUAUGCUCGUCUGUGGUCUGAGAUUCCUUCGAAAAUCGCUAUUGAUGACUAUGACAACGAUGGAACCACUCGAGAUGAGAUCAAAGAGCGUUUCUGCCUCACCAUGGAUUUUGUGGAGAACUACCUGAGAGAGGUGGUGUCCCAGAAUAUUCCCUUCUCUGACAAGGAAAAAAACAAGCUUACCUUUGAGGUCGUGAACCUGGCAAGGAACCUCAUAUACUUUGGUUUCUACAACUUUAGUGACCUGCUUCGGCUGACAAAGAUCUUACUGAACAUUUUAGACUGUGUACAUGUCAGCACCAUUUACCCCAUCAACAAAAUAGAGAAGGGAGAAGAAACCAAAGCUGGCAGUAAUGUGAUGAAGUCCAUUCAUGGCGUUGGGGAGCUGAUGACCCAGGUGGUGCUGCGAGGAGGCGGUUUGCUGCCCGCCACACCAACUCACGAGCCUGAGGGAGACGUGGUCAAAACUCAGACUGAACCAGAGAGAGAAGACAUUAUGGUCAUGGACACAAAGCUGAAAGUUAUUGAGAUCCUGCAGUUCAUCUUGAAUGUCCGACUAGACUACAGGAUAUCCUGCCUGCUCUGCAUUUUUAAACGGGAGUUUGACGAGAACAACCCACAAGGAGACAGCCCUUCCAGUCAGAAUGGAUCCAACAACAUUGCAGGUCAGAUGCCAGGAAACUUUGACUUUGAGAACAUUGAGGAACAGGCAGAGGGGAUCUUUGGAGGAAGUGAGGAGAACACUCCACUAGACCUGGAUGACCAUGGUGGUCGCACCUUCCUGAGGGUCCUGCUGCACCUGACCAUGCAUGACUACCCACCACUCGUGUCUGGAGCACUUCACCUGCUCUUCAGACACUUCAGCCAGAGGCAGGAAGUCCUCAUGGCCUUCAAACAAGUCCAGCUGCUGGUGACCAGUCAGGAUGUUGAUAACUACAAGCAGAUCAAGUCAGAUCUGGACCAGCUGCGUUCUAUUGUGGAGAAGUCUGAGCUGUGGGUUUACAAGAGGCAAGGAGAAGAUGGGAUGGAUGGAGAUGGACCUUCAGAGUCUGACAACAAAAAGAAGGGAGACUCAGGUGGUUCAGAUAAAAAGAAGACAGAAAGUACCAGCAGUUACAACUACAGAGUUGUGAAAGAGAUCCUGCUGCGCCUCAGUAAACUGUGCGUUCAGGAGGGAAGCUCAGGGAAGAAGAGCAAGAAACAGCAGCAGAGGCUGCUGAGGAACAUGGGAGCUCACAGUGUGGUGCUGGAGCUACUCCAGAUCCCCUAUGAGAAGGGUGAAGAUGUUCGAAUGCAGGAGAUCAUGAAAUUGGCUCAUGAGUUUCUGCAGAAUUUCUGUGCAGGGAACCAGCAGAACCAGGCUCUCCUCCACAAACAUAUCAACUUAUUCCUUAACCCAGGGAUCUUGGAGGCCAUCACCAUGCAGCACAUCUUCAUGAAUAACUUUCAGCUGUGCAGUGAGAUCAACGAACGUGUAGUUCAGCACUUUGUCCACUGUACUGAGACGCAUGGUCGACAUGUUCAGUAUCUCAAGUUUCUACAGACCAUUGUCAAGGCUGAGAACAAGUUCAUCAAGAAGUGUCAGGACAUCGUCAUGGCAGAGCUGGUCAACUCGGGCGAGGACGUCCUGGUCUUCUACAACGAUCGUGCCUCCUUCCAGACCCUCGUCCAGAUGAUGCGUUCAGAGCGCGAUCGCAUGGAUGAAAACAGCCCUCUGAUGUACCACAUCCACCUGGUGGAGCUGCUGGCCGUCUGCACCGAGGGAAAGAACGUCUACACCGAGAUAAAGUGUAACUCGCUGUUACCCCUGGAUGACAUCGUGCGGGUCGUCACCCAUGAAGACUGUAUUCCUGAGGUGAAGGUUGCCUAUAUCAACUUCCUAAACCACUGUUAUGUGGACACAGAGGUGGAGAUGAAGGAGAUUUAUACGUCCAAUCACAUGUGGAAGCUGUUUGAGAACUUCCUGGUGGACAUUUGUAGGGUGUGCAACAACACCAGCGACAGGAAGCAUGCAGACACCAUGCUGGAGCGUUAUGUAACCGAGACAGUCAUGAGCAUUGUCACAUGUUUCUUCAGCUCUCCUUUCUCUGACCAGAGCACAAGUCUGCAGACUCGUCAGCCAGUUUUUGUCCAGCUGCUUCAGGGAGUGUUCAGGGUAUACCACUGUAACUGGCUUAACCCUGUUCAGAAGGCGUCAGUAGAGGCUUGCAUUAAAGUCCUCUCAGACGUGGCUAAGAGCAGAGCAAUCGCCAUCCCUGUGGACCUGGACAGUCAGGUGAACAACUUGUUUGUCAAGUCCAACAAUGUGGUGCAGAAGAGCAUCCUCAACUGGAGACUGUCUGCGAAGAACACCUCCAGACGAGACUCCGGCUUGACUACCUCAAAAGACUACAGAAACAUCAUUGAGAGGCUACAGGACAUAGUGUCUGCGCUGGAGGACCGUCUGAGGCCACUGGUCCAAGCUGAGCUCUCUGUGCUGGUGGAUGUCCUGCAUCGUCCGGAGCUGCUUUUCCCUGAGAACACAGACGCUCGCAAAAAAUGCGAAAGCGGAGGAUUCAUAUCAAGAUUGAUCAAACACACCAAGCAGUUGCUGGAGGAGAAUGAAGAGCGCCUGUGCAUCAAAGUGCUGCAGACACUGAGGGAAAUGAUGACAAAAGACAGGGGCUAUGGGGAGAAGGGCGAGGCUCUGCGGCAGAUUUUGGUCAAUCGAUACUAUGGGAACAUCAAAUCUGGCCCGAGGAGAGACAGCCUCACAAGCUUCAGCAACGGGCCACUCACUGCCGGGUCGCAGGGAAAAUCACCUACAGUUGUCAGCUCUGGGGUCGGAGGUCGCGGGGAGCUGAGUUUGGCGGAGGUCCAGUGCCACCUGGACAAAGAAGGCGCUUCUGAUCUGGUCAUUGACCUCAUCAUGAAUGCCACUAGCGAUCGGAUCUUCCAGGAGAGCAUAUUGUUAGCCAUCGCACUGCUGGAGGGAGGAAACACGGUCAUCCAGCGGUCAUUCUACCAUCGUUUAACGGGGGACAACAAAUCUGAGAAAUUCUUCAAGGUGUUUUAUGAGCGCAUGAAGCUGGCCCAACAGGAGAUCAAAGCCACUGUGACAGUCAACACUAGUGACCUGGGAAGCAAGAAGAAGGAUGAGGAACCACCAGACAAAGACACGCCAGCACGUAAAAAAGUGAAAGAUGUGCCAGUGGUGGCGACAGUGACCGAGGAGGUGAAGGAGCAGCUGGUGGAGGCGUCCGCCGUCACCAAGAAGGCCUACACAACCUACCGUCGUGAGGCUGAAGCUGAAGAGCACCAAGCGGCCGCUGACGGCACUCCCGUCCCGACUGCAGACAAGAGCCAGGAAGAAGGCGAGAUGAGCGUCAUUAUCACCAUCAUGCAGCCCAUCCUACGCCUCAUGCAGCUGCUCUGUGAGAACCACAACAGAGACCUGCAGAACUUUCUACGCAACCAGAACAACAAGAACAACUAUAAUCUAGUGUGUGAGACUCUUCAGUUCCUGGACUGUAUCUGUGGCAGCACCACAGGAGGACUGGGGCUGCUGGGGCUCUACAUCAACGAGAAGAACGUUGGACUCAUCAACCAGACUGUGGAGAGCCUCACCGAGUACUGCCAAGGUCCCUGUCACGAGAACCAGAACUGCAUUGCCACUCAUGAAUGUAAUGGUAUUGACAUCAUCAUCGCUCUCAUCCUCAAUGACAUCAACCCUCUUGGCAAGAAGAGGAUGGAUCUGGUGCUGGAACUCAAAAAUAAUGCCUCCAAGCUUCUUCUUGCAAUUAUGGAGAGUCGCCAUGACAGUGAGAAUGCUGAGAGGAUACUGUACAACAUGAGGCCUAAAGAGCUGGUGGAAGUGAUCAAAAAGGCCUACAUGCAGGGUGAGAUAGAGGUGGAGGAGCCGGCGGAGGGUGAGGAUGGAGAGGAGGAGCACUCUGCAUCUCCACGCAAUGUUGGUCAUAAUAUCUACAUCUUGGCACAUCAAUUAGCCCGUCACAACAAGGAACUGCAGGCUAUGUUGAAGCCAGGAGGGACAUAUGGAGAAGGUGACGAGGCCCUGGAGUUCUAUGCUAAACACACAGCUCAGAUUGAGAUUGUACGGCUGGACCGCACUAUGGAGCAGAUAGUCUUUCCUGUGCCCAACAUCUGCGAGUUCCUCACCCAAGAGUCGAAGCUGCGUGUCUACUACACCACAGAGCGGGACGAGCAAGGCAGCAAAAUCAAUGACUUCUUCCUGCGCUCUGAGGACCUCUUCAAUGAGAUGAAUUGGCAGAAGAAGCUGCGAGCCCAGCCCAUCCUGUACUGGUGCUCCAGGAACAUGUCUUUCUGGAGCAGCAUCUCCUUCAACCUUGCUGUGCUCAUGAACCUGCUCGUGGCCUUCUUCUACCCUCUGGAAGGUGUCCGUGGAGGCACUCUGGAGCCUCAUCUGUCUGCCCUGCUUUGGAUAGCCAUGCUGGUGUCUCUGGCGAUCGUCAUAGUCCUGCCUCAGCCUCACGGCAUCAGGGCACUCAUUGCCUCCACCAUCCUACGCCUGAUCUUCUCUGUAGGCUUGGAGCCAACGUUACUCCUGCUGGGGGGUUUCAAUUUAUGUAAUAAGGUCAUCUUCCUGACGAGCUUCGUUGGGAACCGAGGAACCUUCACACGUGGAUACUUAGCCAUGAUCAUGGAUGUGGAGUUCCUGUACCACCUGCUCUAUCUGAUUAUCUGCUCCCUGGGGGUCUUUGUCCAUGUCUUCUUUUACAGCCUGCUACUCUUUGAUCUGGUUUACCGAGAGGAAACUUUGCUGAACGUAAUAAAGAGCGUCACCCGCAAUGGCCGCUCCAUUGUUCUGACAGCCGUGUUGGCUCUUAUCCUCGUCUACCUCUUUUCCAUUGUGGGCUAUAUCUUCUUCAAAGAUGACUUCAUUUUGGCAGUCGACAGGAUACCCAACAAAACACUAGAACAUGGAGCCAGCAUGGUCGGAGAGUUCUUCUCUGGCGGAGUGUGUCAAAAAGAAAAUGGAGAAAACUGUUCAACAGAGACCAUGAUGGAUGCUUCCCUCGCUAUCCAGCCAUCAGCAGUGGUGAUUGAAGACAAGGAGCGAACGUGUGACUCCUUACUGAUGUGCAUUGUCACAGUACUGAGUCACGGUCUCAGGAGCGGAGGAGGCGUCGGGGACGUCCUGCGAAAGCCUUCCAAAGAGGAGCCCCUGUUUGCAGCCAGAGUUAUCUACGACCUGCUCUUCUUCUUCAUGGUCAUCAUUAUUGUCCUCAACCUCAUCUUUGGUGUCAUCAUCGAUACAUUUGCCGACCUGAGAAGCGAGAAGCAGAAGAAAGAGGAAAUCCUGAAGACGACAUGUUUCAUUUGCGGUUUGGAGAGAGACAAGUUUGACAAUAAGACGGUUACCUUUGAAGAACACAUCAAAGUUGAGCACAACAUGUGGCACUACUUGUUCUUCAUUGUCCUGGUGAAGGUCAAGGACUCCACAGAGUACACUGGCCCAGAGAGCUACGUGGCUGAAAUGAUCAGGGAGCACAACCUGGAUUGGUUUCCGCGGAUGAGGGCCAUGUCCUUGGUCAGCAGCGACGCCGACGGGGAGCAGAACGAGAUCAGAAACCUGCAGGAGAAACUCGAGUCCACCAUGAAGCUGGUGUCCAACCUCUCGGGUCAGCUAACGGAGCUUAAAGAACAGAUGACAGAACAGAGGAAGCAGAAGCAGCGGAUCGGCCUGCUGGGACACCCUCAGCACAUGAACGUCAACCCUCAGCAGCCUGCGUAAGGUCGGCCCCGGGCAGCUCAGCGUCAGCUUUUUUUUUGCGUCUGGAACGGAGCGCGCAAAGUCCUCGAGCCGAGGUUGCACAUAAUGUAAACUGCACUGAGUGUAACUUAAAACGGUAGGGAAACACUGUAACAUAGGUAGUCAUAAGGCGAUGUGUAGCUCUACCCCACGCACGUGUUACUCGACACUGUAACACUUCAACCCACCUCGUUCUGUUUCAGUCCAGUUGGAAUUGGUGCCAAAUGUUCUCUGUGUAGAAAUGAAUUGGAUUUCUCAACACAUGGCCUUUACUGGUUGAACUUGAAACAUGAUGUAAAGCUGACUGGACAGAAGGAAUUAGUCCCCUUUUUUUGUUUGUUUGUUUUUUUAAUUUAAUUUAAAUGUUUUCUAUUUAUAUUUCUGGCAUAAUCUGCAGUAUUAAAUGUCUUAUUUUUGUAUGUCGUGCAAUAUUUUAAACUUAAAUAUGCAACCUCGUUGGUGCGUGAAUUUAAGUUCCAUCAAUUAUGUCUUAUUUAAAAGCCAAUGUUUUUGUUUGUGUUUUAUUGUCACUGGAUAAAUUAGGGAGUUGUUGGCUAUCUGUAUUUACAUAGAUAUAAUAUUUAAUAAGCUGGCCUUCUUAAAUUUUACUUUCUUUUAUUUCUUGAAAAAUGUGCAUACUUCUUGAUAGAGAUAGUAUAUUGUGUGAGAGCAAUAUAUACAGAUAGUUUACCUUCACCUCUGUAAAUCCAACGGUGUCAUAUCUCAGUGCUAACUUAUUUCAUGAUAAAAUUUUUGCUUUCUUAUUUAACUGGGUUGUAAAGGACAUUAAGAAAGGCAUUUAACUUGUCCUUAGUGUCACUCAUGCUAUUACAAUUUGCUCAGGAGUUGUGUAAUUUAUACGGUAAUAAACACCGCCUAUAUAAUUUCUCCCUUUUUGCAGAAACCUUGUUCCAUUCGUGCCUGUUUUUGUCCUCAAGUAAAGUCUGUUUGCUGCUUGUGAAGACUUUUAUGUUCACCUUCACUAAAACGUAUGAGUUGUCAUGCUACUGUCUUCUUUUUGUUUUUUUUGGAUUACUGUGUGUACAUAAAGUUUGCUUUGCUUUUGUAUAGAAAACUGAGAUGGAGAAAAACAAUUCCCAGAUGUUAAGAUUAGAUAAAAAAUCUAAGCACUGUCAAUUUGUAUAUUGGAUUAGAAUUAUUUAUUAAAAAUUGAUGUAAUUAUCCUUUA